GGACGUUACAGUAUAUCCUUUCGGGAGGAUAUUUUGCAUCGGCUCAAACGACUUCAUAUCAAAUCCUUGGAGAAUUUGUUUUUGAUAUUGAAAGGCAAUAUGCAAUGGCUAUCGGCGCGGCAAUCGUAACUUGCUGAUCUAAAAGUGAAGACUUCUCGAUGAUGUCCCUGAACUCUCAGAUAAUCAUACUUGUUGAGGAUUUUCGCUUGUGGUAUCACUCGUUGUUGUUUCUAUUGUUUCUGCACCAAGAAGCAAGAUGCUGUGGAGUUCCCUAGUAGGCGCUCUAGCGCUGGUUGCCCCAACGAAUGCCCUCAUUCGAUUUGGUUGUUCACAGUUGGUAGUGGAUCGCCUGGAUCCAUUGGUACAGCCAGGUGUUGAGCCGUCUGCACACCUUCACCAGAUCGUUGGUGGCAAUACCUUCAAUGUCACAAUGGACCCGAAUAAUGACAUCGCAAGCAUGGCCACUUGUACCACCUGCCAAUUCAGCGAAGACUUCUCAAACUAUUGGACAGCUGUGCUGUUCUUCAAGCAUAAGAAUGGCACGUAUAAACGUGUCCCGCAGAUUGGAAAUCUCGGUUUUGAUAAUGCGAAUGGUGGCAUGACAAUUUACUACAUGCAAGAUGCUCUCUACAACAUGAAUCAAAGUUCGAAAGUGACGGCUUUCAAAAAAGGAUUCCGCAUGAUCGUUGGAAAUCCAACCAUCACAACAAAGGAAGACGCGAGAAAGUUCCGACAGAUUACAUAUACAUGUUUGCAAGAUAUGGCGACUCGAGGUCCAGAGACGAUGGAAUUUCCAACCUCUUAUUGCCCGGCUGGAAUUUUGGCGAACGUUCGGUUCCCAACAUGCUGGGACGGAAAGAAUUUGGACAGUCCUAAUCAUGCAAGCCAUAUGGCAUAUCCAAUCAGUGGAACCUUUGAGAGUGGAGGUCCAUGUCCAGAUAGCCAUCCCGUCAGAGUGCCUCAAUUAUUUUAUGAGACGAACUGGGACACCAGAGAGUUCAAAGAUCUUUGGCCGGCCGAUGGCACAAGCCCUCUAACAUGGAGUCAGAAUGGUAUGGGUACAGAUCGCGAGGGAUAUGGGUCCCAUGCCGAUUAUGUCUUUGGAUGGAAGGGUGAUGCUCUCCAGAGAGCCAUGGACUCGAAUUGCUACGUCAAUUGUACCACAUUGAAGACUCAGACUAUGGAGGAGCAGAACAAAUGCUCCCUAGCAAAUGUUGUCAAAGAGCCGAUUGAUGGCUGGUUGCCACAGUUGCCAGGCAAUCCGACUGGUUGAUCGCGAUCACCGCUGUACAACCUCCAAGAAGUGGAAGACUAAGGAUUGAGUUAGAAGGAUGUGAUACAAAAGAAUGAGUGAUAUCAAUACAUUUGCAAGCGAUCCUCCUGUUCCCCAUUGGGAACGGAAGGAAGUUGGGGAUUAUAAUCACGUGAUGCG